AUGCAACUUGGAAAAACUGUGGAAAAACUUCAACAUGGAUUGAAUGCUGAACACAGUGGCAGCAAGGAAACAGAACUCUACCUGACUCUCAAUCAGGCCUGCGUGUGCCGGAACAACAAGCGUGUGACCCACUGCCGGAUGACCGACGGCGGCUGCCAGUGCGAGGCGGUGGGCUCGGGCGUGCCCGUGAACUGCAACACGCUGACCUCAAAAUGCCUGUUGAUGAAAGCAGAGAUGGCACACACAAAAUCCGGUCGCCGUGAGAAACCAAAAGAUGCAUUUGAAGAUACUGAUGGGCUGUAUGAUCCAGAGUGUGAAAAUACUGGUGUGUUCAAGGCGAAGCAGUGCAAUGGAACCACCUGUUGGUGUGUGAAUACAGCUGGCGUUAGAAGAACAGACAAACAUGAUGCAGACUUGAAGUGCAAUCAGUUAGUCAGAACAAUGUGGAUCAUCAUUGAAAUGAAACAUGCUGAGAGAGACUCUCCUCUGAACACUGAAUCUUUAAAUAAGUUCUUCAGGGAUACUCUUACCACUCGUUAUAUGCUGGAUGGACGUUAUAUCAGUAGUGUUCUGUAUGAGAAACCUUUCAUUACUAUUGAUUUGAAGCAAAAUUCCUCAGAAAAAUCUCCUGGAGAUGUGGAUAUAGCUGAUGUGGCCUACUACUUUGAAAAAGAUAUGAAAGGUGACCCCAUCUUCCAUGGUGAUAAGGGACUAGACAUCAGCUUUGACAAUGAACAACUGAAAUUGGAGAAGACAGUUGUCUACUAUGUUGAUGAAAUUGCACCCGAGUUUUCCAUGAAGUCUCUGACUCCUGGCCUUAUUGCUGUCAUUGUAGUAAUAGUAAUAGCAAUAGUUGCUGCAAUUGUUCUUUUGGUCCUCACGAGAAGGAGGAAAGGGAAGUACGUGAAAGCAGAGGUAAAGGAGAUGAAUGAAAUGCAUAGAGGGCUGAACGCAUAA